AUGCCAUUAAACAUUUCUAUCUUCCCUCGUUUCCCUCUAUCUUCCCUCGUUUCCCUCUAUCUUCCCUCGUUUCCCUCUAUCUUCCCUCGUUUCCCUCUAUCUUCCCUCGUUUCCCUCUAUCUUCCCUCGUUUCCCUCUAUCUUCCCUCGUUUAUCUUCCUAUCUUCCCUCUAUCUUUUCGUUUCCUCUAUCUUCCCUCGUUUCCCUCUAUCUUAUCUUCCCUCUAUCUUCCCUCGUUUCCCUCUAUCUUCCCUCGUUUCCCUCUAUCUUCCCUCGUUUCUUAGCAAUAAAAAAAAAAAAAUUAAAUUCUUUUUUUCCUUCCUUUAUUACUUUCUCUCUCUCUCUCUCGUCCCUUCUCUCUCUCUCUCUCUCUCGUCCCCUUCUCUCUCUCUCUCUCUCUCUCGUCCUUUCUUUUCUCUCUCUCUCUCGUCCUCUCUCUCUCUCUCGUCCUUUCUCUCUCUCUCUCUCGUCCUUUCUCUCUCUCUCUCUCUCGUCCUUUCUUUCUCUCUCUCUCUCGUCCUUUCUUUCUCUCUCUCGUCCUUUUUUUCUCUCUCUCUCUCGUCCUUUCUUUCUCUCUCUCUCUCGUCCUUUCUUUCUCUCUCUCUCGUCCUUUCUUUCUCUCUCUCUCUCGUCCUUUCUUUCUCUCUCUCUCGUCCUUUCUUUCUCUCUCUCUCGUCCUUUCUUUCUCUCUCUCUCGUCCUUUCUUUCUCUCUCUCUCGUCCUUUCUUUCUCUCUCUCUCUCUCGUCCUUUCUUUCUCUCUCUCUCUCUCGUCCUUUCUUUCUCUCUCUCUCUCUCGUCCUUUCUUUCUCUCUCUCUCUCUUCCUUUCUUUCUCUCUCUCUCUCUCUCUCCUCCUUCCUUUCUUCUCUCUCUCUCGUCCUUUCUUUUCUCUCUCUCUCUCGUCCUUUCUUUUUCUCUCUCUCUCUCUCCUCCUUUCCUUUCUCUCUCUCUCUCUUUCUCCUCCUUUCCUUUCUCUCUCUCUCUCUCGUCCUUUCUUUCUCUCUCUCUCUCUCGUCCUUUCUUUCUCUCUCUCUCGUCCUUUCUUUCUCUCUCUCUCUCGUCCUUUCUUUCUCUCUCUCUCUCUCGUCCUUUCUUUCUCUCUCUCUCUCUCUCGUCCUUUCUUUCUCUCUCUCUCUCUCUUUCUUUCUCUCUCUCUCUCUCUCGUUCUUUCUUUCUCUCUCUCUCUCUCUCGUUCUUUCUUUCUCUCUCUCUCUCUCUCGUUCUUUCUUUCUCUCUCUCUCUCUCGUUCUUUCUUUCUCUCUCUCUCUCUCUCGUUCGUUCUCUCUCUCUCUCUCUCUCGUCCUUUCUUUUCUCUCUCUCUCUCGUCCUUUCUUUUCUCUCUCUCUCUCUCGUCCUUUCUUUCUCUCUCUCUCUCUCGUCCUUUCUUUUUCUCUCUCUCUCUCUCGUCCUUUCUUUCUCUCUCUCUCUCUCGUCCUUUCUUUUCUCUCUCUCUCUCUCGUCCUUUUCUUUCUCUCUCUCUCUCGUCCUUUCUUUCUCUCUCUCUCUCUCGUCCUUUCUUUCUCUCUCUCUCUCUCGUCCUUUCUUUCUCUCUCUCUCUCUCGUCCUUUCUUUCUCUCUCUCUCUCUCGUCCUUUCUUUCUCUCUCUCUCUCUCGUCCUUUCUUUCUCUCUCUCUCUCUCGUCCUUUCUUUCUCUCUCUCUCUCUCGUCCUUUCUUUCUCUCUCUCUCUCUCGUCCUUUCUUUCUCUCUCUCUCUCUCGUCCUUUCUUUUCUCUCUCUCUCUCGUCCUCUCUCUCGCCCUCUCGUCCUCUCUCUCUCUCUCUCGUCCUUUCUCUCUCUCGUUCUCUCUCUCUCGCCCUCUCGUCCUUUCUCUCUCUCUCGUCCUUUCUCUCUCUCUCUCUCUCUCUCUCUCUCUCCUAUCUCUCUCUCUCUCUCUCUCUCUCUCUCUCUCUCUCGACCUUUCUCUCUCUCUCUCUCUCGUCCUUUCUCUCUCUCUCUCUCGUCCUUUCUCUCUCUCUCUCUCUCUCUCUCUCGUCCUUUCUCUCUUGAAAGCAUCUGGUUUGUCAUUGAUUAACAUAAUCAAGUCUCUGCCAUUCUUAUCUAGCUGUGGCUGUACAAUGAUGCUCCGAAAAGUUCUCUUCAACUCUGUUUCCCAACUGUGCCGUGGCGCCCACACAAAAGCUGCUACUUCAGCAGCGCCAACCAUAAAAAUUGGUGAAAAAUCCAAAGCCAUUUUUGAUGUAGAAAACAAGUAUGGAGCUCAUAAUUAUCAGCCAAUGCCUGUGGCCAUCUGUCGAGCAGAAGUACUUUAUUGGACUAAUGUAACUGUCCUUUUAACACACUUUUUUUUCCUCUUCUCUUUCCUCUUUUCUCUUUUCUUUUCUCUUUUCUCUUUUCUUUCCUCUUUUCUCUUUUCUUUCCUCUUUUCUCUUUUCUUUCCUCUUUUCUCUUUUCUUUCCUCUUUUCUCUUUUCUCUUUUCUUUUCUCUUUUCUUUCCUCUUUUCUCUUUUCUUUCCUCUUUUCUCUUUUCUUUCCUCUUUUCUCUUUUCUUUUCUCUUUCCUUUUCUUUUCUCUUUCCUUUUCUUUCCUCUUUUCUCUUUCCUUUUCUUUCCUCUUUUCUCUUUCCUUUUCCUUUUCUUUCUUUUCUUUUCUCUUUCCUUUUCUUUUCUCUUUUCUUUCCUUUUCUUUCCUCUUUUCUCUUUCCUUUUCUUUCCUCUUUUCUCUUUCCUUUUCUUUCCUCUUUUCUCUUUCCUUUUCUUUCCUCUUUUCUCUUUCCUUUUCUUUCCUCUUUUCUCUUUCCUUUUCUUUCCUCUUUUCUCUUUCCUUUUCUUUCCUCUUUUCUCUUUCCUUUUCUUUCCUCUUUUCUCUUUCCUUUUCCUUUUUUUUUUCCCCUCUUUUUUUUUUCCCUCUUUUUUUUUCCCCUCUUUCCUCUUUUUUUUUCCCCCUCUUUUCCUCUUACCUUUUUUUUUUCAUUUUUUUCCUUUAUUCGUUUUUUCCUUUAUUCGUUUUUUCCUUUCAGCUAUAGAGAAACAUUUUAUCUGAAAUCUUUUCUGAAUUCAUAUAAUUUAUUUUCUUUUUCUUUUUCCUUUUUACAUCUUCUUUCUUUUUCCUUUUAUCUUCUUUCUUUUCUUUUUCCUUUUUACAUCUUUUCUUUUUCAUUUUUCUUUUUUUUUUACAUCUUCUUUCUUUUUCUCUUUUUUACAUCUUUCUUUUCUUUUUCCUUUUUACAUCUUCUUUCUUUUUCCUUUUUACAUCUUCUUUCUUUUUCCUUUUUACAUCUUCUUUCUUUUUCCUUUUUACAUCUUCUUUCUUUUUCCUUUUUACAUCUUCUUUCUUUUUCCUUUUUACAUCUUCUUUCUUUUUCCUUUUUACAUCUUCUUUCUUUUUCCUUUUUACCCCUUUUCUUUUUCUCUUCUUUCUUUUCCCCAUCUUCUUUUUCUUUUCUUUUCCCCAUCUUCUUUCUUUUUCCCUUUUACAUCUUCUUUCUUUUUCCUUUUUACAUCUUCUUUCUUUUCCCCCUCUUCUUUCUCUCUCUUUCUUUUCCCCCUCUUCUUUCUCUCUCUUUCUUUUUACCUCUUCUUUCUCUCUCUUUCUUUUUACCUCUUCUUUCUCUCUCUUUCUUUUUACCUCUUCUUUCUUUCUCUUUUUACCUCUUCUUUCUUUCUCUUUUUACCUCUUCUUUCUUUCUCUUUUUACCUCUUUUUUUCCUUUCAAAAGAUAUUUUACGCCUUUUUUCUACUAUGUGUCUUGGGUCAACUGCUAUCUAUCCUACAUAUCCUCAUAAUAUUAAAAAAUAUACUGUUUCUCUCACUCACACUCUCUCUCUCUCACUCACCUCUCUCUCUCUCUCCUCUCUCUCCUCUCUCUCUCCUCACUCUCUCUCUCUCUCUCUCACUCUCUCUCUCUCUCUCUCUCCACUCUCUCUCUCUCUCUCUCUCCUCUCUCCUCUCUCUCUCUCUCUCUCUCUCCUCUCUCUCUCCUCUCUCUCUCUCUCCUCCUCUCUCUCUCUCUCCCCUCUCUCUCUCCUCACUCUCUCUCCUCCUCUCUCUCUUACUCUCUCCUCUCUCUCUCUCUCUCUCUCUCACUCUCUCUCUCUCUUACACCUCUCUCUCUCUCUCUCUCUCUCUCUACCACUCUCUCUACACUCUCUCUCUCUUACCUCCUCUCUCCCCACUCUCUCUCUCUCUCACACUCUCUCUCUCUCUCUCACACUCUCUCUCUCUCUCUCUCACACUCUCUCUCUCUCUCACUCUCUCUCACUCUCCACUCUCUCUCUCUCCUCUCUCUCUCACACUCUCACUCACUCUCUCUCAGAAUUUGUUUUUGUCUUUUCUGGUGUUUUGUCGGCCUUUUUAUUUUUUUCUAGCGUAGAAGGUGGUGAGACUGCUUGCAAACUUGCCCGUAAGUGGGGCUACCAAGUGAAGAAGAUUCCCACUGACAAAGCCAAGAUAAUAUUUGCUGAUGGUAACUUCUGGGGACGUACUCUGGCUGCUGUUUCUUCAUCCACAGACCCCAGUAGCUAUGCUGGAUACGGACCCUACAUGCCUGGAUUCUCGAUUGUCCCUUACAAUGAUCUAGCUGCACUUGAGGAACAACUCAAAGACCCUAAUACAUGUGCCUUUAUGGUGGAGCCUAUUCAAGGUGAGGCGGGUGUGGUUGUGCCAGAUGAGGGAUACUUAACUGGAAUCCGGAAACUCUGUGACAAAUAUAAUGUUUUAUGGAUUGCCGAUGAAGUCCAAACUGGACUUGCCAGGACUGGGAAGAUGUUAGCUGUUGACCAUGAAAAUGCGAGACCAGACAUUGUCAUUUUGGGAAAAGCCUUAUCUGGAGGUGUCUUACCUGUGUCAGCCAUUUUGGCUGAUGAUGAAGUGAUGCUGACUAUCAAGCCUGGGGAACAUGGGUCAACAUUUGGUGGAAACCCUCUGGCCUGUCGAGUGUCCGUAGCAGCUUUGGAUGUCAUUAAAGAGGAACAUCUGAUUGAAAAGGCAGAAAAACAUGGAAAACAUCUUCGAAAUGAACUUUCUAAGCUUCCAAAAUCUGUGGUGAAAUUGGUUAGAGGAAAAGGACUGCUCAAUGCUAUUGUUAUUGAUCCUCAAUAUGAUGCAUGGAAUGUCUGCUUGCAACUGAGAGACGAAGGCCUCCUUGCCAAACCCACCCAUGGUGACAUAAUCCGUUUUGCUCCUCCGCUGGUCAUUUCUGAGUCGGAGAUGGCUCAAUGCAUUGAUAUUAUUUCUCGCACAAUCAACAAUAUAGCCAACAAAUAA